CAAUGUCUAUGUAAUUUAGAUAAUAAUUAUAUUCAAUGUUCAUCAAUACCCAAACAAUGUCGGACAUGUAAUCGUUAUAAUGCAAUAUUUUUUGAUGAAAAAGUUACUAUGUUAUCACCAGAAACAUUUCGUUCUUAUAAUUUUUUUGAUAAUAAUAAUCGAAAGAAAUUAUUUAAAAUUCAAUUUAUGCAAUUAGAUAUUAUUUCAUCAAAUGCAUUUUCAAAAAUUGAUAUUGAUAAAGAACGAACUUUAGAAAUAAAAAUAUUAAAAUAUUCAUCAUCUGUUUUACCAUCAAGAAUGUUAGAAGAUUUAGCAAUACAAUCAAAAGCAAGAGUAAAUAUCGAAAUAUUCAAUGUUACAUCGUCAAUGUUAACAAUAGAACAAUAUGCAUUAGAUGGGAUAAGAUUUAAUCAUGGAAGUCAAUUUCGUUUGUCUAUACUUCAAGCAAAAGAUACGAUUCAAUUUGAAUCGAAUGCUGGAUCAAUUCUCUUACCACCCUAUUCAUAUAUGGAAUUAUAUUUUUCAAAUUUUAUUCAAAUACUUUUUGAAGAACAUAGUUUUGAUCAUAUAACUCAAGAACAUUCAAGUGAAUUAAUUCUUAAUUUUGAUCGUUUUCAAUAUGCAACACUUUCACACAAUGCUUUCUAUGAUCUUCAUCAACUUGAUUUAUCACGUUUUCAUUUUUCAUUAUCAAAUUUUCAAAGUUUAACUAUUGAACAAACAUUAUUUGAUACAAUAACUCAAUUAAAAUCAUCAUUAAUAAUAUCAAUUUAUAAUAUAACAAAUGAUUUAUGUUUACCAAGUAAAACAUUUAGUCAAAUAAAGCAAGAUAUGAAUUCAACAUUUCAAUUUGAAAUAAAUUAUGGACAAAAUAUACUUUUAACAUCAAAUACAUUUAUCAAUAUUAAUCAAAAAUUACAAUCAAAAUUAGCUAUUAGUAUAACAAAUUCUUAUGAUGUUUAUUUUUCUCGUUAUUCAUUGAAUAAUUUACAUCAAGAAGAUCAAUCAUUUAUUGAUAUUUGGAUAAGUUAUGGACAAAAUUUAAUAUUUGAAGAUUAUGCAGUUAAUAAUAUUGAUAUUUAUCGAUCAAGUAUAUUAAGAAUUGGUUUUCAACAUUCAAGAGGAACUUUACAAAUGGCUAUGAAUGCUUUUUCAAAUAUAAAUGAAGGUCAAGGUGGUGAAUUACUAUUUCAAAUAAUGAAUUCAUCUGAUUUUUAUUUUCGUUUUAAUGAAUCCAUUUCAUUAAAACGUUUAGAAAUUAUCGAUCGAUCAUUAUCUUCCAAUGAUUUAUGUCAUGUUGCAAAUAUUCCAUCACAUAUACCAAUUAAACUUAUAUAUGAUAAUCAAUGUUCAUGUACAGUUUAUUAUUUAUAUCGUUAUCUUCGUCGUAAACUUCUUCCAUCCGCUCUUAAUGACUUAACACCAUCAUGUUAUAGAAAUAUGUCACUUGAUGAAAUUGAAUAUGUUGAACAUGAAUGUUCAUUUGAUACAAAAAUUCAUAAUUGUCAACAAAUGGAAGGUCAAAUACAAAUCGAUAUUCCACAAGGAAUAUGUGAAAAUAAUUUUAAAUUAAAUAAAAACAAGAAUAUUAAUAAUAAUCAAUCAGACAAAAAAUCAUCAUUUUCAAUUUUUAUUUUAAUUCUUAUUAUUAUUGGAUGUUUAACAUUUAGUGUAACUUGUAUUUAUAUAGUUAUGUCCAAGAGUAGAAGAUUUCCAUUAUGGGAUGCAUUUCAAAGAUAUGUUCAUCAUUAUCGACGACAAAAAUUAACGAUUUAUUCAGCAGAUUCUUAUCAACAAUUAACACAUAUUGAUCAACAGGAACCAACGAAUAAACGUAGAAAACUAAUUGUUAAAUAUAAUUCAACAACAGAUCAAACACAACCUUAUUUAGAUAUGGCUGAACGAUCAGAUUUUAUCGUAUCAAAUAAUAAGGAUGAUGAUGAUGAUGAAGAACAACAAAAUGAAGAUCAUACAUUAAAAUUAAAUACAAAUCCAAUGAGUGAUAUAGAAGAUAAUCUAGUAUAA